AUUCACCUUGAAUUUGCUUUGAUUUUUUACGGUUCUUAAUUUGGUUUUGUGGUUGGUUUUAAGUAAAUAUUGUUGCUGGAAAGGCGGAAAUAUGUCGGAAACUAGUGGACGUGUUUUAACUGAAGCCGAAAAGGCUCGCAUGGAGCGCAAUCGUAUAAAGGCUUUACAUCUGAGACAAGCAAAAUUGGUUGCACAUCCUUAUCAAAAAAAGAAUGUAAAUGCAAUUGCCGGUGAAGACUCAAUUAUAAAAGUGCAAGGUACUAAAUAUAUUGAUAGUGGUGGUGGCUUCCUCUUAGAACAACCUGUUAUUUCCACUCCGUCGUUACAAUCAGUCUCUAAAGAGAUUGAAUCGGGCGCCCCCAGCACAGACAUCGUUCAAGUAUCUAAUGAUGCCAUUACUAUACCGGUAAAUUUUGAAGAAUGUCUGGAUUGUGGAGAUGCAUUUGUCGAAUCAUACCUCUUCAGUAAUUUCGGUUAUGCUGUGUGUGAUAAAUGCCGUGACCCAGACGAUCGUCAUGCAUUGAUUACACGCACGGAGGCGAAAGCAGAGUAUUUGUUGAAAGAUUGUGAUUUUGACAGUAGAGAACCGCCACUUCGCUAUAUCAGCCGCAAGAAUCCACAUAAUGUACGCUGGGGUGAAAUGAAGCUUUAUCUCCUAAUGCAAGUGGAACAACGCGCUAUGGAAGUAUGGGGCAGUGAGGAGGAAUUGAGUCGCCAACAUGAAUUACGUGAAGAAAAGCGUGAAGUGACCAAAGUUAAAAAAUAUAACAAACAUAUGAAGCAAUUACGUAUGGAAAUGCGAAGUAGUUUAUUUACAAAGGAGACAAAAUCUACACACGUGCAUGAAUUUGGUCCUGACACAUACAAUGAAGAUGACGACAAUUACACACACGCAUGCACAACCUGCAAUUAUACAGAAACCUACGAAAAAAUGUGAAGUAAAAUUCAGUAUGCCUGUAGUGCUGGACAUUUUCUAGAGCUGAUUUAUUUAUCAAAUUAAAAACAUUUAUUAUUAUUUUACACAACCAGUUUUAUAGAGAACAUAACAUCGAAAUAUCGCUAAUGCCAUGAGUUCAAAAUAUUACCAUUGUACUGCUACUAUAUUAAUGAACUAGAUCUACUGAACUCUUUUGUAAUUUGAACUUAGUUUAUGAUGAUUUGUAAGGUUAAUUAUAAGAUACAUAUGUCAAACAUUGUUAUAAGAAUUAGCUAUAGAUUUUAAUAACACAAUUAACUCCGCCAAAGCCGGUCCCCAGCCCGUGUUGCAAAAGGAGGAGGGCUGGACAGCUGCCCCGAAUGACUUAAAACACACCUAGGGGAAGUAGGAGGGCCGAAAGGAAAUAGUCCCCUCUGAAAAGCCGUUAACCUUGGCAGUAAGGUUAAAAUGCAAAAAAAAGUAAUAUACAUACAACUAUGAGCGAAGGUAAUAACGUAAAGAUUAUUACUCCAGGUGGAACCCACGACCGUGGAAAACCACUCGCAGCUUCGGCUGCGGCAGGGGCAUGGAUUCUGGAGGCCCCAACCCCGCUCAAAGAUGAGCCAUUUGGCUUCACAAAUUUUUUUAAAACUCAAUCGGGUGAAGUUUUCACAAGUCGAAAACCACACAAGCGCUCAGGAGCCGCUAGACGCGCAGCACGCAAACAGCGGCUACUGGCUGCCGAAAACAGUAUAUAUGGCAGUGAGUAUAACCAUAUUUCGCAUCAUUUAAGGCGAAAAGAACGUGACUUCGCUUAUCCUUUUGCGGUGCCCAAUUAUAAACCAGCAGUGCCAAGAACUAAAAAUAGGAGCAUGGGCGAUAUUAGUAGAGUAGAGAAAGACUCCAAGACUUAUGUUCAAGACAGCUUUGAAGAGAAAUAUACUAAUACAUCGAAUAAGGAGCUAAUGGGUUUGCGAAACUUUUAUAAAAUGCAAGUGAGCCCUGGUAAAAGGGAAAAUAAACGAACCGAUGCCGCCAGACACAUUUCGGGCGAAUACCAACCACUGGCGAUCGAAACUAAUUCAAUAACUUGUGUUGCUACGCAAAGAUGCAUAUCAGAGGAUAUACAGUUCUCAAAAAGUCACGAUUACCCUUAUAAUGCACCUGUUUCCUCAGGGACUAAAAGGAGGAGCGGCGAGUCGACUCGUUCAUGCAACUAUGCCAUUGUCGAUGCAGGAAGACCAGCAGGAAUCAUGACGGCCGAACAGCAGAACUUAUUGGAAAAAGCAUUUAGUGAUGCUCUUAUGAACCUGAUCCUGACAUCAACUUCGGACAAAUCGAUUUUCAAAAUUGACAUGGGUCGUUUCGAAAAUGGUGUUUUCCGGUUAGCGAUUAACUCCAAAGAAGAUUUUGGGGCUAUUCAAUUGUUGGUAGAGAGUCUACCGGAACUGUGGAAUAAUUCUACGCUCCGACUGGUGCCUAGCGAGUAUUCCCCCAAGCUCUUUAAGGCGCAUGUUUUCAUAAGAGGAAGAUUGACUGCGAUAGCCUCAGAGUCGAUCCUAAAAAUGCUAGCCAAACAAAACAUUGAGUUGAAGACUGAUCUUUGGGAAGUCUUCCACCGUGAAAGUACUCGGCAAGGAGAUGUUAUAGCAUUUGGCAUCGACGAAGAUUCAUACUCAUUCCUUGAAUCGGUGAGUGGGAAAGCUCAUCUACUCUUCUCUAUUGUUCAUUUCAAACUUGGACAGCGACACUUUGCGACGGAACCUCCAGAGGGUUGUUCCACCAAUGAGAUAGUCACUGAUAUUACAAGUGUAGUAGAUCAGGCGACAUCUCCUCUGGGUAAAAUUUAUGUUGACGAACCCUGGAGCACUCAAUCCACAAUGACAUGGAAAAGAAGAUGUCAGCUUUCGCCUCCGAUAGCGGGCUCUUCGGGACACUUUGGUGAUACCGAUGCAACAACAUCAGAAGAAACGAAUUAUCAAGACGAAUUGCUCUUUCACAGAAGGAGCAGCGUGCCGAAUAACUCGAGUUAAUCACACAGAUUAACAACUCCCUCAAGACAUUAAGCGUUCAGAAAAUGAAUGUUCGUUAAAGUGAUUCAGGUACGUUAGCUGAAAAAGUCUAAGAGGCGGAAAUACGCAAGCAAAACUAUUUUUGGUGAUACCCUUGGCGACCUUCAACGGAAAUACCUUUUCAGAAGUGUAGCGAAGUUUUUGGAAAAUCUCAGCAUAAAAGAAACGAUAUGCUAUACCAUUUCUCUUUAAAAAGCGAAUUUUAUUGAAUACUAUUUUAAAAUAUAUGUACGCAUGUGCAAUGUUUCUGACAGUGAA